AUGGGUGUGGAUUUGAGACAAAUUGUGGCUGGAAUCCUCACCAUUACCAUGUUUGUAAUGCUCGGACAAAUGCUUCACAGAGACUACUUUGAUGCUGUUCAGGAAAAAGUUGAAGGAGAUAUUGAGUUCCACGGAUCAAAAGUAGCUGUGGAAGAUGGACUUGUUAGAGGACCUUGGAUGGAGGAUAGUCAUGUACUUAAACCUUGUUGGUCAAUCUCUCAAUCUGAUGACUCGGUAUCCUCUAAGGGUUAUGUUACAUUUUCCUUAACGAAUGGUCCUGAAUACCAUAUCUCCCAGAUUACUGAUGCUGUGAUGGUGGCGAAGCAUCUUGGAGCAACUCUUGUGCUUCCCGACAUAAGAGGAAGCAAACCUGGUGAUGAAAUGAACUUUGAAGAUAUCUAUGAUGUAGAUAAACUCGUUAAAAGCCUGGACAGCGUAGUCAAGGUCGUGAAAAAACUGCCUAGCCACGUGUCUCUAAGAGAUAUCGCCAUUGUCAAGGUCCCCACUCGAGUUGCAGAAGACUACAUCAAGGAACAUAUUGAUCCCAUCUUCAAAUCAAAAGGGAACAUUAGAGUUACAACCUACUUCCCUUCUGUGAACUUGAGGAAAACUUCGCUGGAUGCUGAGACCGAUCCUGUUUCUUGUUUGGCAAUGUUUGGUUCCUUGGAGUUGCAACCAGGAGUCAAUGACUUGGUAGAGUCGAUGAUUCAGCGGUUAAAGACACAUAGCAAGAUAUCCGGUGGCCGUUUCAUAGCCAUAGACUUGAGAGUUGAGAUACUUGAAAAGAAAAAUUGCCAUGAAACAGGUGCAGUGGGAUCCAAAACUUGUUACAACGCACAAGAGAUCGCAUUGUUCUUGCGGAAGCUUGGAUUUGACAGUGAUACAACUAUAUAUCUAACUCAACCAAGAUGGGAGAGUAGCCUCAAUAUUCUUAAGGACAUCUUCCCAAAAACGUUUACUAAGGAGGCGAUAAUGCCAGCAGACAAGAAACCAAAGUAUCUUGAGUUAGAAAAUUCGGAGUAUGAAAAUGUUAUUGACUUCUACAUAAGUUCAAGGAGUGAUGUGUUUGUGCCAGCCAUUCCUGGUCUGUUUUACGCUAAUACAGUUGGGAAAAGGAUAGCAUUAGGCAAGCCUCAAGUCCUGGUUCCAGCCGAGAUCUCAAGAACAUCUGGUCUUUCCACUGAUUACAUUUCUCCCUACAUCUCAAAGAAGAACCACUUGGCGUAUUCAUGCUUUUGCUGAAAU